GAGCGCACCCAAACGAGGCGGACCUUCUCUCAAAUAGAAGACCCUCCGUUUUCUAUCCACCACCCCAAGAACGAAGCAACCAAACAGAACCCGCUGCACUCUUCUGUUGUCGUUGCUUGACUUACACAACACGCGCAGCGGCGAACGUAGAAAGGAAAGAAGAAAAAAACUCACAUUAGUAGAGGCCCGUAGUGCUAACGAUGUCUGCGCGAAACACCGGCAUUCCACGCGUGGCCCGCACCGUCGCGAACGGGGAGGGCGACUGGGCCGAAGUUCCGUACGCCGUACGCGACGCAAUCGUGCUGGCGCUUACGCAGUCGUCCGUAGCCCCCCUGCGCCGCCUCAAGGAGAGUGCUUCCGGCGCCGGCCCGGGUGCGGUCUCGAGCGCUGCUUUCACGCCUUCCCAUCCUCCACAGCCGUCACCGUCCGCUGACCUUUCUGUCUUAACGGAGGGCAACGUGCAGAGCAGCAUCCGCUCCUUCGAGGACGCUGCGUGGGUGCGCGACGAGGCGGUGCGGAGCUUCGCGGAGUUCCACAACACCGUCGAGGCACUGCACGCCGCGAUGCGCACCCAGCUGCGCCCCGUGUGGAGAACUGCGAUGCAGCUGCGGCCUGAUAUUCUGGCCGACGUGCGCGACCGCCUCCGGCUGAACCGCGCUGAUCUCAUACCGGAUGGGGUGGCGAUCCCGCCGGCCACCGCGCAGCACAUCGCGCAACAGGAGAGGAUUCUAGACGAGGUCGAGGACACGCUGCAGCAGCUGCGGAACACGUCGGUGCGCUUGGCAGCCCAUUUUCUGUCGGAUGAGGAGAAAAUAUCGAUGGGGGCCAAUCCAGCCUAUUUGCGGGCGCCGGACAUCGACCGGGUGGUGGUGGAGUCGAGUGGGCAGAGCUGCACGCAACGCCUGUCACCGGCCCCGGCAGCUCUGUCCACGCCUGCGACGCCGUCGGCCAAGGACAGCGCAUCGCACCGCCGCGCAAGUCAGAGCAACACGCGUGCGCAUCAGGAGGAGGGCCUUGUGAGCUCCAAGAUGAGCCGCCGUGCCCACGGUGGACGCAGCACCACCGCAGGUACCCCGUCGCCGUCUUCGCACUCUCGCAGCGAGAAGCACCAUGGCGGCCACGAGCACCGCCGGGCAUCAGCGGCCAGCGCAGCGAUCAACGACCCGCUGCUCGCGGAGCUUCGCAAGCAGUACCAACACCGCCAGGAGGAGCUGGAAAGUCAUCAUCGUCAGCGUCGCAGUGGCACGUCGCCGGAGGGGCCGCGCGUGGCGUGGCCGCAGGUCGGCUCCGUGGCGAGCAGCCGCAGCUCCCGUGCGAGCUCGACGCGAUCAGGAAACGAAUGUCUUUCGAAUUCGUAG